AACAUCUCAUGGGUUUGGGUUUUCGGGUAACUUAAAUGGGAUAACUUUCUUUCCACAGCAGAAAAAGAUCAAUUCGAGAGUGUUAUAAUUGUAUGCUGAUGGUUGUUGGCUGUUGUACUUUUGUCGAAAAAGUUGGAUGUAUUUUGAAUGGUCAUUUGAUUGGUAGAAUGAAGCAUAUAGUGAUGAGAUAUAUUACUUUUCUUGAGUUGGUUAUCAUUGCAUUAUCAGUCAUGACAUGGUAUAUGCACUUGAGUUCUAAAGAAAUUCAGUUACAUGUAUUUACCAAUAAUAUUGUUUUAGUAAGCAUCAUAAAAACCGUCAUCAAGGUCUUAAAGAAUUAUUUCCCUAAUCAGGAAGUUGGUCUUAAUUACUACAAAUACAUUUAAAGCUAAACAUAAUCCUGGCAUGAAUAAUUUUGUAUCAAAUGGCGUCGAUCGGCACCAUCAACAAAGAAGGAUCCGAUAACAAUCUCAUUGGAGUUUCAGAGGCUAAUCUUACAGGGGAAGCAUCAUAUCGUUAAGGGCAGACAAAUCACAUACGAUAUCAUCUUCACAUAGUACAUGGAAAUUGACCAAAAAAUCUGCUUACAGAAAGCAAACAAGUAGAUACAUGUUAGCAGAGAUUGAUACUUGAAUUAUUAGAUAUUCAAUUUAUCUAAACUGUAGAGUAAAAUAAAACUAUCAUAAUAACAAGCUGAACGUUGGACUUCGAAAGAGAAAAUUUUAAAAAGUGCUACUAGAAAAUACAAUAUAUACCGUUUACCAAAAGCAUAAACAGAUAAUGAAUUAACGUCAAAUGCAGAUCAAAUAAUCCCAUCUUUAACUACUAAAUAAAAACAAAUGUUUUUUUUAAACAAACCUGAACUGUCUCUUCCGAAUUCUUUUUUGUUUUGUGCUCAUGCAUUUCAAAGACUUUCAAAUAUGGGGAGGAAAGAAAAGUGAAAGGGUUUAAAGAUUAGCAGUGUACCCCUACCAUGGAUAAUGUAUCAUGUAUGUAUCGGUAUAUCGCUUGGUUGUUUUAUAUAUCAGAAAAAAAGAGAUCAUAUAUGGACAUAUUCAGUAAUUUAAAGAUUUGAAAAAAUGCAGAAAGAAACUAAAUAUUACAAACAUUUUGUCUUUUCACGGCGACACCACCCUUAAUUUCCGUUUACUACAAUAAUUAUAAAUGCAAAGACAUACUUUAUUUUUUUUUCAUUUGUUUUUUUAUAAUGUUAAAAAUAAUUUUUUGUUUAUCUCCGAGAAUAUUUUCUUUUUAAUUUUCAUUUCACAUUUUCUGAAAUUUCAUGCCUUAUACUUUGUACACGUGCAAAGUAGGUCAAAUGUUAUAGGUAAAAGAAAAAACAGCCAAACGAAAUAAGGGCACUAAUUUCUUUAAAAAAAAACAUAGAGAGGAUGGAAGUUCUCACUUUUAAAGCGCUAAGCAUAGCUAAGCGCUUUAUUGUCGUUAGACUUCUACUUCCGGUGCAUCACAUAACCGCCACCUAUUAGUAGAAAUAUACAUCAUUUAAACUGGUUAAAAAAAACAGUUUCAGGGGUUUACGCACAUUGUUGCACGGACUAUUGUGAAUACAAAGUUCGGGCUAUUGUGAAUCCAAGGUGUGGGGCUUACGCACAUCAUUGCAGGUGCUGCCACGCAGUGAGGAGGAAAUAUAUUGCCUAAACAGAAGCUGAAAUAUAGAAAAAUCAAAUCAAUUCUUUCUAACUAAGCUUGCACAAAGUAAGUUUCCUUUAGAAACAAGCUAGGUUAGCGCUUUUUAGUACUAUCAGUACUUUGGUUAUAGAAUUGUAUUUAAAUUAUUCUAAAAAUUACAAACACUUUAAAUAUAAAUUUUGAAAUAACGUUUUUGAAAUAGAUUUUUGCUUCAACUAAAGUAUACGUUUACGACUUGAUAUGUUUAUGGACAAGCCGGGUGUACAUGUACAUGUAUAAGAAUAAAGUCCUCACAGAAUCUGACAUCUGGUCAUGCCGCAUUAAAGCUUAAAUUUCUUCCAUAGAGCAAGCAAGCAUCAGUUUAAUUUUCUGACAUGCCACAAUCCUUUGUGAUCUGUCUCUCUCUUUUUUAUUUAUUAAAAGGCCAAGGCGUAUGAAAGACAGGAAUAUCAUAUUAACGUACUUCCCAGUUAUUAGAGCAAGCUUAUUUUCAAACAUAUUUCGUCUGCGGGGUAACGGCAGUCUCCAAUCAAUUGAACAAAACAACCGUCUGGGGGGAGAAGAUGCGUCUCAUUUUGGGUGUGAUGUGUUUUGUUGGACUUGUCUCUGCUUGGUCAGGGAACACUUGUUCCAGAUGGAGGACAAAAUGUGUGUGGCAAUGGGGCUGUAGAUAUAGAACCUGGUCUGCAUGUUGUGCUUGGGGUUUUAUAAACGUCGAAGUACGUUAUCAAGAGUAUUACUGCUGUUUCGGAUGGAGACACAACGGCAAUGAAGUCUGUAAUAUCCCUAUAUGUCCUUAUGAUUGUGGCGGAUCAAGAGGGUCAUGUAUCAGUCCAGGAGUGUGUAGGUGUAACGCUGGCUAUACAGGGACAUACUGUACCACCGUGGCCGAUUGUUCCCACCUUAAACCCUGUUAUCCUGGUUACUGCACCAGUAAUGCGUGCAUGUGUACCAACCAAUUUUCCCCUGAGAACAGUGGAACAUCAAACUGCUUAACUUUUCCAACUGACAAAGCUUAUUAUCCAUCCAUUGAACAAAGUACUUUGGACCUUGGAUACUAUCAUCAAGUUAAAGGAAUGUUAAUUUACAACAUGACCAUCGAUUCUGCUAUGAGCCCUGAUGACGUUGAAACGUUCUGGACAAACCGCAGGGACGCCAACAGGAUGAACUUUACUUUACAGUCUAUUUUCAGCCCCAGUGCCCUCAAUUUUCCGAGCAGGCCGGAUUACAUUGUACAGCAUGCCUUUGGAAUCACCAAGGCAGAUGUCAAUGUCAGAGUGACCAAAUUUAACAAUGAAGAAAAAUACAAUCAAGUAUUAAAUUGUAAUGGCGUCACAAAUGAUGCCCCCAUUAAAGAACAACUCUAUCGCUGUGACACAAGUAUCGACAAUUUCAACAUCCGGUUUGAUUCUGGUGAUACAUAUUCGGUAAUAUUCAGAGCAGAAAACGGAGGAUUUCGAAUUCUUGAUAAUGGUGGGGGGAAACAGUAUUACACUGGCAGAUCAACAACAAGAAAAAUAGACCUAAAGUUUGAUACCGAGAUACCCUACCACUGCACUGAAAAGAGCGAAUGCGCAUACCCCGUUUCAGAUAUGAUGUCUGUUCAAAAUGACGUCACAAAGGUUCCCAUACAAAUAUCAUGGAGAGGGUGGAAGGACCAGUUAUCAAGAGUGGCACGUUACGCCCUUGAAGUUUUUGAAUUGGAGAAAGGAGGAGAUGGCACAUUAAAGGAACCGUACACAGACUUAGUACCAAAUCCCGUCCCCAUUACUAUAAGGGAGUUCAAUGAAACUACGGAGGCAGGGUCUCAUUCAUUUACAUAUCGACCAAACAAACCUGGAGUCUAUUCCUGUAUAUUGGAGAUAAACGACAGAGCAAAUAAUUCGGCUUAUGUCAGACGUUUCGUCAUUUAUGAUCCAAUUUCCUCCCUGACGUCAGAUGAAUCCAAUCCGUUUUACGCAACAUCCGGUAAUUCAAUAGCAAACUAUGAAUGGCAAAACACAAACCCUGAUACAUUUUCGUUUUCCUGGAAGAAUCACUUUUUGAACAAAAUACACGAAGACGGUAACUUCUUAGCCCGGAUCAGAUUGUUUCCACCUUCCCUUGAUGAUGGUGGAGAUCGAAAUGGCUACAAAAGAAUACAAUACGAUGACACUGAAGGAACAAGAUCUAGAGACGCCAUACCUAAUGAACGAGGAAUCAUCAAAUAUGACGUUGCCUACAAUAUUGGUAAAGACCAAUCAUCACCACAGGUGUAUCAGCAUCAAAAUUACAGAAACAAUUCGAUUAAAAUUUUUGAGAAUCAAAAUCUCCAGGAUGGAAAUUCUUUCACGAUUUGGGUUAAAGCUUACGAUAUUCUUGGCAACACCAGGGAGGAAAGAUUUAUUCUUCAUUACGAUUCAACCAGGCCCGCGGUGUCAUCAGAAGAAUUACGAAAAAAUGUCGGAGAGGACAAAAUGAAUUUUACCAGCAGUGUUCAUAUUUUGGGAGCUUCUGAUCCCAACAGUGGUGUGAAAAGAAUCAAGUACAGGUUCAAGGCUCAGAGUACUGGGCGAGUUAUCAACAACAGAGAAUAUGAGUACCUCAAUCCUACAAGGGAUCAGAGUUAUUGUAACACAAACCCAUGCGACUCAAACCUGCCGACCGGGGAAUCGUUUGGAAUAACAAUUGACCUUCCAUUCUCAAACUGUCAUGCCAUGAAUGUCAGUGACGUCUUUACGGAAACUGUUACCAUGGAAAUGGAUGUAUAUAACUCAGCCGGACUUUAUGUCUCUAGAAGUUUGCAGAUUACAAAUCUUACUUCUUUAAGAGGAGUCAAUGAUUACUUUGGUCCAAUGGAAAUAAGAAUUGUCGAACAGAUUGAUCAAACAUUAAAAAUAAUGUGGGAUCAAGCCCCAAGUUGCUAUAACAUCCAAGGAUUCGAGUUUAUAUAUUCAAAAGCUGAAGGUAAAGUUGUAAAAUCGGAAAUGUUCCAUAAGGUACAGAACUGGGUCAUAUUAAAUGACAUUGAAGAGAACACAGAAUAUCAACUCCGGUUACAUACCCUGUAUGGAAAUGAUCAAAACAAUCCUAUUCGAAGCGUGGCUUCCAACUUCACCUUUUUGAUUCCAGAACAACCACCUACAGAAAACAAAGGAGGUCAAAUUGCAGGCGGGGUUUCUGGUGCCUUUUUAAUCAUCAUCAUAUUCACAAUGCACAGUUUUGUGUAGCGUUGUUCAUCGAAGUGAGGAAACAAUUUGAACACCUAGCUCUACGUAUAUGGUGGUCUAUUCGCAGAAUGAUGGUCUUGACAACCACCGAAAAUAAAGAACAUUCAUUAUGCUUAAUUGUAGAGCAUAGAUUUGAACCUACAAUUCUACAAAGUGUCUAAAAAUAUAAUUUUGUAAUAUGCCCCUUUUGACUACUUACUGUGCAGAAUAAAUUUUACGACAACCGAAAGUGACGAAAAUUCCUUCCUCUGUUGGCGCUUUCGAUAAGAAACGUACACUUGAACUUUACAAUGCAACAAUAGGCAUCUUUUAUAUUUCUGUGUCUUAAAAUACAAUUUUGUGUUUCACAUGUACCUUUUUUAUAUCGUUGUUACUUAAAUGUAUGCAUAAUUCUCACGUGCAUGUCGAUGUCAAUUAUUGAUAAUGUACCAUGUAGACUGAUGUUAUGAUUUUCCAUAAGUCUUUGUUUUCCAAAAAACACUUAAAAAGUUCACUUAGAAAGCAUAUCCAGUCGCACCUGAACAUAUAAUGUAGUGCUACAUUAAAGAACGGAAUCAAAUAACUUUUGAAGAAAAAAGUUUUGAUUUAUUUUAUGAGUGUAAACCAGUAACUGGGAACAUGUAUUCGGUUGUUAUUCUUCAGUGUUCUCUUUUUGGUUAAUCUUUGACUUUCAGCUAUGUUAGCCAAAGCACAAAUAUUUUCUUUGACCUACAUAUAAUUAUAUACGAGUAUACAUAAAUAUAAUUUAAAAAAAAAAACAGUGAUUUUAUGGAGGCACAGACAAUUCUUACAUUUUCUGCACAAAAUAAGAACCCACACACAGCGCUAUAUGGCAGUUCUCUCUCUCUCUCUCUGCUAGCUAAAGUUUCAUGACAUUUUGUUCUAUUCAGUACUAGAAUUUACUUCUUCCGCAAGCGUGUACAGGUAAGGUAUGCAUGACAACCUUCAAUUUUGUUUACUAGCUUCUCUCUAUAUUACUUAUAAAACAAGAAGUCUUUAUAUAUUUCAGAAGAAUAAUAGUUGUAGUGCUAAUGUUGUUUUUAUUCAAGACAAUAAAUGUAGUGAGCUUUGA